AUGAAGUGUCUCGCUGCGGGCAAACAGUCGUUCCAAAGGACGAGAGUCUGUAUUGGAUCUUCGCCGUAUCGAACUGUACCCUCCGUCUCCUCAUAUCGUCAAUAUGCCUUGAUUCCGACGCCCCGGCGCAUGCGGGCACACGACCCGUCCGCCUCUGCACAUGUCACCAAUGGUUCCUUAUCCGGAACCGCCUCAUCCUCACAGGCACAACCAUUGUCAGGCUACUACUCUUUGAUUUUGACAUCUCCUCAGCCAUCCAGUGGCAGUACAACGAGUGCAGCACCAGCCGCUGCACCCAAGCCCAAGACUCCUCAAGAAAAGAUGGCCAUUGUCUUUGGUACACGCCUUGCAGGACCUGGCCGCCAAUCUCGAUACAAUCCAGGUGAAGCACCACCAGAAUCCAUGUGGAAAACAAUCAAUGGCGUACCAAUCCCGCCUCGCCCCGAGGAACCAGACAAUUGCUGCAUGAGCGGCUGCGUACAUUGCGUCUGGGAUGACUUCGGGGACGAAAUGGAAGAUUGGGCUGCUAGAAUCGCCAGGGCCAAGGCCAAGGGUGGGCCUGAGAAAGGCACCGCAGAUAUGCGUGCUGAACCCCGGGCUGAGGUUGACUCGGCUAGUCUCAGUAUGGACGAUGAUGGUGGCGGCAGUGAGACCAAUUGGGCUGCACCGAAUCAAGAUGAUGAUCUCUUUGCCAGUAUUCCCGUUGGCAUUCGAGAGUUUAUGAAGACGGAGAAAAAGUUACGGGUGAAGCAUCAGAAGGAAGCUACGGCUUGA